GACUCGCCCAGAACCGGCUCCUCCCCUUUCGGAUAGCUCCGGAAAUUCAGUGCUCUCGCGCGUGAGUCUCAUCAAGCUUCUCCCGCCCCCAAGAUCAAAACUGAGAAUCGAAACUGCACUGGGUUCCAUGCAGCCGGAGCCUGCGCCCGCCAGAUCUUCGGGGACCCAACAGGACUCCGCACUGCCCGACGUGUCCACCAUGCCUCCCCCGGAGUCUCCCUCCGAAAGCCAGCAGCCCAGCCCGGACCACAGCCCCGCAGAGCAAACUACGGAGGAGGAGUUCCAGUUCCUGCGCUGCCAGGGCUGUCAGGCAGAAGCCAAGUGCCCUAAGCUGCUGCUUUGCCUGCACACACUGUGUUCAGGAUGCCUGCAGGCCCCGGACAUGCAGUGCCCUAUCUGCCAGGCGUCCCUUCCUCCUGGCGCUGAUGGACCCGUCCUCGAUAACAUCUUCUUUGAGAGUCUGCAGCGGCGCCUGUCAGUGUACCAGCAGAUUGUGGAUGCGCAGGCCGUUUGCACCCGCUGCAAAGAGCCGGCAGACUUCUGGUGUUUCGAGUGCGAGCAACUCCUCUGCGCCAGCUGCUUCGAGGCGCAUCAGUGGUUCCUCAAGCACGAGGCCCGGCCCUUGGCGGAGCUCCGCGGCCAGGCGGUGUGCCAGUUUCUGGACGCCACGCGCAAGUCCAACAACAUCUUCUGCGCCAACUCCAACCACCGCAACCCUACACUGACUAGCAUCUACUGCCGAGGCUGCUCCAAGCCGCUGUGCUGCUCUUGUGCGCUCCUGGACAGCGGUCACAGUGACCUCAAGUGCGACAUCACCGCAGAGAUCCAACAGCGGCAGGAGGAGCUGGACACCAUGACGCAGGCAUUGCAGGAGCAGGACAGCGCCUUCGGCAUGGCGCAGGCGCAGAUGCGGUCAGCUGUUAGCCAGCUGGGAAGCGUGCGCACCAACCUGGAGGAGCUUAUCCGCGCACGUGUACGCCAGCUAGUAGCCCAUGUGCUGGCGCAGGAAAACGAGCUGCUGGAGGCAGUGAACGCGCGGUAUCAGAGCGAGUACAAGAAGAUCGCGGGCCAGUUGGGCCAACUGGACGCUGUGCUGCAGCGCAUCCGCACGGGCAGCGUGCUGGUGCAGAGGAUGAAGCGCUAUGCCUCGGACCAGGAGGUGCUGGACAUGCAUGGCUUCCUGCGAGAGGCGCUCCGCCGCCUGCGCCAAGAGGAGCCCCAGAGACUGCAAGCCGCUGUGCGCACUGAUGGCUUCGAAGAAUUCAAGGAGCGCCUGCAGGACCUCGUCUCUUGCAUCACCAAGGGGACAGAUGCAGCUCUACCCAGGAGAGCCAGCCCAGAGGCGACCAGCACUCCCAGGGAGCCUUCUGACGUUGAUCUGCCAGCAGGGGCACAGAUAGCUCAGGUGCAGGCCCUGGGGCUGGCUGAGGCUCAACCUGUGGCUGUGGUACAGUCGGUGCCUGGGACACAUCCUGUGCCAAUGUACGCCUACUCCAUCAAAGACCCCUCCUGUAGAGAGGAGGUCUCCAACACAGCCACGCCACAGAAGAGGAGGAAGUCCUGCCAGACCGAGUGCCGCAGGAAGGUUAUCAAGAUGGAGUCCGAGGAAGAGAAGGAGGCCAGGUUGUCCCUGAGCUCCCCCGAGCAGCCCAGGCCCAGCACCUCCAAGGCAGUCUCACCACUGCCCGUGGAGGGGUGCCAGAGCCCUGAGAGCCACACCGCAGGAAAUGAGGAACUCACCAACCAUGAGACUGGCGACCCUGGGGAGGCAGAGGAGCGCGUUGUGGUGAUCAGCAGCUCCGAGGACUCAGAUGCUGAAAACUCGUCCUUCCGAGAGCUGGAUGACAGCAGCAGCGAGUCCAGUGACCUUCAGCUGGAGGGCACCAACUCCCUCAGGGUCCUGGAUGAGAGCCUCACAGACCUCCAAUCAGAAGUCAGGCCCCUGGUUUUCUUUGACCUCAAGAUUGACAAUGAAACCCAGAAGAUUAGGCAGCUGGCAGCCGUGAACCAGGAGAGCAAAUUCCGAGUGCUCAUCCAGCCAGAGGCCUUAAGCAUCCACUCCAAGGCGGUCUCCCUGGAGGUGGGGCUGCAGCACUUCCUCUGCUUCCUGAGCUCCAUGUGCCGUCCCAUCCUGGCCUGCUAUAAGCUGUGGGGGCCCAGCCUCCCCAAUUUCUUCCGGGCCCUGGAAGACAUGAACAAGCUUUGCGAGUUCCAGGAGGCCAUCUCCGGCUUCCUGGCCACUCUGCCCCUCAUCCAGGAGCGAGUGCCCCAGGCCAGCAGCUUCAAACUCAAGAGUUUGGCCAAGACCUACCUGGCAAGAAACAUGAGCGAACACAGUGCCCUGGCGGCUGUGCUGACCAUGCGUGACCUGUGCCGCCUCCUUGAAGUCUCCCCGGGACCCCAGCUGGCCCAGCACAUAUACUCCUUCAGCAGCCUGCAGUGCUUCGGAUCCCUGCAGCCCCUGGUGCAGGCAGCCGUCCUGCCCCGGGCCGAGGCCCGCCUCCUGGCCCUCCACAACGUGAGCUUCACGGAGCUGUUGACUGCACACUGUCAAGACCCACAGGGGGGCUUGAAGAAGUACAGCCGGUAUCUACAGGCCACCUCAUCGCCCCCUGCACGGCCUGCUCUCAACUUUCAAGCUAUGAGUACCUACUUCAAAAGCCUGUUGGAGGGGCCAGCCUUGGCAGUGGGAGAAGGCAUCUCUACCCCUCUUGCUAGCCACAGCUUGGCCCAAAGGGCUCCCCAGCACAGCUGAGAUGAGGGAAUGACUGGCUUGGAAUCUCUGGGGACAGAGAGGGAUGUUGUCCCUCAGCCAGGCCCUGCCCAUCACAGCAUCCCCAGAACCUGGUCCCUAAUACUCAGCUGACAUUUGGUCCAGAAUUAGGUCUUGUUCUCUGGGACCAAACUCCCCUUCUCUAAAAAUCCCACAGAGAAGGUUCCAAGGCCAAGCAGCCACCCCCUGGAGCUACCAGAUCCCUGAUGCACCAGUGAGUUAACUCACCAGGCCAUUGGCCCCUCCCUUGCAGGAGCCAGAACCAGGGAGGUCCUGGGUGAAGAAAGCAGGGCCUCGGCUAAGUGGCCUCCAGCUUGCCCCACCCACCCAGCUUGCCACUUUCUGUUCCUGCAGCUCCUCCCUGACUCCCAGCCACUGCCCAAGGGACCUGCCAACAGCUCCCAUGGACACCACCUGCAACACCAGUGGCCCCACAGGUACUCAAAGUGCCUUUCAAACUAAACUGCCCCUCAUGAGCUUGGGUUCUCCCAGCCUCAGCCUGCCUGAAGGCCAGCCCUCUGUCCACUUCCCGCGUAUCUGCAGAGACAGAAGCUGCUGUGCCAUGCCUGUCCCCACUUCCCUCCACACUUGCUUCCUUCCUCUUGGCCACAGAAACACUCCCCUUAGUCCAGGCUUUGCCCUUUGGUCCUCAGGCUACUGACCCCUCUCAGCAUGGCCCUUGGCCAUGUCUGCACUGCCCGCCUCAGCCUUGCCAAGGAAUGUUCUCUGACCCGGCGCUGCUCUCUGUGUAGUUCAGAGGCCCACACCUGCUUUCCCCUGAUCGCCUCUGCCCCAGACCUCUGGAAUAGGACUGGACUCUGGGGUGGCACCCAGCAAGCUGUUUAGUGUAGCAGGCUGUCCAGGUGGUGCUGAUGCCGGCUGAGUUCCAGGACCAUUGCUGUGUAGACUGCACUUCGAAGGAGAAGCAGUGUGGAGCAGCAGAGAAAGUCCUGACCUAGGAUAAGGCCUCUUCCUGAGGCCCCUUGUCCCCACCCGUAAAAUGCCUGGUUGGUCUGGAUGGUCCGAGUGCCAUUCAACCCUUCCAUUCUGGGAUUUUAAGAAUGGGCAGCAUGCCACUAGGCAGCAGACAGAUGGCUUCAUUCUUGAACCCUAGCCCCCAAGCCUAAGCUAAGGUUCCCGGCCUGCGGGCACAGCAGAGGUCAGCAGCAGACACUAGCAGGUCAGAGCCAUCCUUCUGACUGGCAGAACCAGUGUCCCCUCCCCUUCCCAUCCCUGUUCCUCGAUUUUUGCUACUGGGAUGCAGCCCAGACCCCAGCUUCUAUGGGCUCAGCUUUCACAAAGGUGGAGUCUGUGUGCACACACCUCAGCCCCUGUCUUGUGGUUGCCCUGAAAACCCAUUAAGGGAUUACAUAGAAACUUGCUACAACAGCGAGAGCACUGGUCCUACCAGUGAACUCUGAUGCAUUUAAAAUAGGGUUCCAAUUGAAAGUAGGUGCUGCCUCUGAAGCUUGGCAGAAACAGACUGAUGGGAAGAGGGGAGGAGGGGCCUGGGGCCCUGGGUGGGCUGUGAUGCCAUCGUCUUGGCAGCCACAAGGCAGCCUAGGCCUGGACUGAGCAGUGCUCAACUAUCCUAGUGCAAGCCCGGCCCCACAAUGCCUGCUACCUUCAGAUGCAUUUCAUCACAGCUUUUAUAAUAAAGUCUGAUCUGCCCUCUCCACUUUCACAGCCUUUAAUAAAGACUUGAAUCUUCAAA